UUUCACCCGGGUGAAUUGAGAUGUAGGCCACGUCAGCAAUUACCCCGCAGCUGAGCCUCGUGGAGUAUCACGCCAGUCUGACAUUACCACAUUUCUUACACUAUGAAUAAUGUCAAUAAGGAUAAUAGCAUUAUUGUGUUGACCAGAGACUCGAACUAAUUUGAUAUUCAUCCUACACUCAAAUGGCUGACAGAAGGCUCCCUCGUGAAGCCUACACGGUUGGAUGGGUAUGCGCCCUUCCUGUCGAACUCGCCGCCGCAGAAGAAAUGCUUGACGAACGACACGGGGAUUCGGUCACCGGUCCUAAGGACAGCAACAUCUAUACCCUUGGACGUAUCGGAGAGCAUAAUGUGGUGAUCGCCUGUUUACCGGAAGCUCAGAUGGGCACCAACUCCGCCGCUGCAGUGGCUGCCCAGAUGCAGUCGGCCUUUACCUCUAUUCGCAUUGGUCUUAUGGUUGGUAUUGGUGGAGGAGUCCCAUCAACGAAUUCAGAUAUCCGACUUGGGGAUGUGGUGGUCAGUCGACCGGAAAACAGCCACGGCGGAGUCGUGCAAUAUGACUUUGGAAAAAGCACGCCGAGUGGCUUCCAGAGAACCGGGUUUCUAAAUGCUCCGCCAAAGACCCUUCGGAAUGCCGUCUCUCGCCUCAGAGCUAAGCAUAUGCGGGAUGAAGCGCAGUUUCUACAGUUCAUGUCCAAGUUCGACCGUCUUCCAACCUUUACCCGGGAGUACGCAGGGUCAGAUGUCUUGUUUGAUGCACAAUACAACCAUGUGGGGGGACUGACAUGUGAAGAUUGUGAUGAACAGAGGAUACUGAUAAGGAGAGAUCGUGGUCAGCAGGAGGGCAUAACCGUUGUCCACUAUGGUACUAUCGCAUCUGGGAACCAAGUGAUGAGAGACGCUGCCGAGCGAGAUCGAGUCAGUUCAGAGCUUGGCGGGGUGCUCUGCUUUGAGAUGGAGGCUGCUGGGCUGCUGAAUGAGUUCCCAUGUCUUGUUAUAAGGGGCAUCUGUGACUAUUCAGACUCACACAAGAAUAAGAGGUGGCAGCCAUAUGCCGCAGGAGUGGCAGCAGUAUAUGCCAAAGAACUUCUCUCCACCAUACCUGCUAUAGAGAUUACACAAUUCCUCGUGGAAUCAACAGCAGUCGCAAGGAAAAAGACAUUUUUUACCAUCCCAUAUCAAAGAGAUGAGAACUUUGUUGGCCGAGAAUCUAUAAUGACUGAUCUUGAUGAUAAAAUGCAAUCCAUGACUGCCGCCAGGCACAUUAGGGUUGCUCUAGUUGGGAUAGGGGGAAUAGGCAAGUCUCAAAUCGCUAUUGAAUACGCCUAUCGAGCUCGACAACGCAACCCAGAAUUGUCUGUAUUCUGGGUCUAUGCUGGCAGCGUCGCCCGCUAUGAACAGGCCUAUAAAGAUCUUGCAGACAAACUUGAUCUUCCGGGCAGAGCCGACCCUGGAGUGGAUAUUUUGAAACUGGUAUCGCAGUGGCUAUCUGACGAUGUCAACGGCCAGUGGCUGAUGAUUCUGGACAAUGCUGAUAAUGAGGAUAUGUUCUUCAAUGAGCCAAAAGCAAAUGGAAUUGCCCUGAUCACCUCUAUUCCUCAAACAACAAAUGGAUCUGUUCUCAUCACCACUCGAGGCUCGACGGCCGCCAGGAAUCUCCUUACCACCACCUAUCAGAACAUAGUCUCUGUCGAGGUUAUGGACGCAAAUGAUGCCUUGGACCUUUUUCAAACGAGGGUUGCUCUAGACAAGCAUUCAUUGGAAGACGCUCGCAAGCUUGUUCAGACAUUGGAAUAUAUCCCCUUGGCCAUCAGCCAUGCCAGCGCAUAUAUUCAAGCACGAUCACCAAGGAUCACAGUGUCAGCAUACCUUGCUCUACUACAAGAGAGUGAUGCAAGCUUGGCCGCACUCCUUAGCCAUCUAGAUGUGAGGGAUUCCAGGCGAGACUACAGUUCCCAGCAUGUGGUCACUGCGACUUGGCAGAUCACCUUUGACCAGAUACGAACUUCUCAGCCCGCUUCAUCUGAUCUCCUUGCUUUAAUGAGCAUGUUUGACCGGCACAGGAUCCCUGAAACACUGUUACUACAAAACAGAACUCGGGGUGAGUUUGAGGAUGCUAUUCAUCCAUUGAUAAGCUUCUCACUCAUCAGAGAGAGCAAAGAUCAACAAUCCUUUGAGAUUCACCGUCUUGUACAAAUAUCCAUGAGGAAGUGGCUAGAGUCUCAUAACCAGCUGCAAAAAUGGAGCAUAAUAUCGGCCGAAAUAAUUGCCAGAUCUUUUCCGUCUGGAGAAUUCGAAACAUGGAAAGAAUGCCAAAUAUUGCUGCCGCAUGCUAUGGAGGUCUUGCGACAAGCUCCGGAGAAUAACAGCCCAAUGCCGAUGAAUCAAACCCCUAGACCGACGUUACGCCAGCGUCUCAAGGGAAAGCUUACACGCCGACACAGAGAAAAACCUACUGCAGACAACCGAGAAUCACUGCCAUGGGCAGAGAUUGGAAAAAAGGCUGGCUGGUACCUAUUCCUCCAAGGCAGGUAUCAAGAAGCAGAGGCGAUGCUUCGGCAAGUUCUGAGAGGAACUGAGAAAAUACUAGGUCCAAAGCAUCCUGAUACACUUGCUAGUAUCAAUAACCUUGGCUCAGUUCUUGGAGAACAGGGGAAAUACCAAGAAGCAGAGGCGAUGCAUCGGCAAGCUCUAAGAGAGAAAGAGAAAGUACUAGGUCCAGAGCAUCCUAAUACCCUUGCUAGUGUUAAUAACCUUGGCUUAGUUCUUGGAGACCAGGGGAAAUACCAAGAAGCAGAGGCGAUGCAUCGGCGAGCUUUAAGAGAGAGAGAGAAAGUGCUAGGUCCAGAGCAUCCUAAUACCCUUGCUAGUGUUAAUAACCUUGGCUUAGCCCUUGGAAAACAGGGGAAAUAUCAAGAAGCGGAGGUAAUGCAUCAGCGAGCUCUAAGAGGAUAUGAGAAAGUGCUAGGUCCAGAGCAUCCUGAUACACUUAGGACUGCUCAAGCCCUUAUCUUAGCCCUUGAAUGCCAGGGUAAACAUCAAGAAGCUGAGACAGUGCAUCAGCGAGUACGAAGUGUUAGAUAGCUGUUGAAUAUAUUGUCAUG